AUGUCCGCGGGGCCGCAGGGCAGCGCCGUGUCGGACCCCCAGCACCCGGCCCGGCUCCUGCGGGCGCUCAGCUCCUUCCGCGAGGAGGGCCGCUUCUGCGACGCCCACCUGGUGCUCGAGGGCGAGGAGAUCCCGGUGCAGACCAACAUCCUGGCCGCCGCCAGCCCUUACAUCAGAACAAAGCUGAACUACAAUCCGCCGAAGGAAGAUGGUUCAACUUAUAAAAUUGAACUUGAAGGGAUAUCUGUGGAAAUUAUGAAAGAGAUAUUGGACUACAUCUUCAGUGGUCAGAUCAAGCUAAAUGAAAACACAAUCCAGGACGUAGUACAAGCUGCUGACCUCUUGCUGCUUACGGACCUAAAAACCCUGUGCUGUGAGUUCCUUGAGGGUUGCAUUGCUGCUGAGAACUGUAUCGGAAUCCGGGACUUCGCGCUGCACUAUUGCUUGCGUCACGUGCAUUACCUCGCUUCAGAAUACCUGGAAACGCACUUCCGGGACGUCAGCAGUUCAGAGGAGUUCCUGGAGCUGAAUACUCAGAAAUUAAAAGAAGUGUUGUCCUUGGAGAAGCUCAAUGUUGGGAACGAAAGACAUGUUUUUGAAGCAGUCCUUAGAUGGAUCGCCCAUGAUCCUGAAUUAAGAAAGGUUCACAUGAAGGAUGUAAUGUCAGCUGUCUGGGUAUCUGGGCUGGACUCUGCUUACUUGCGUGAGCAAAUGUUGAGUGAGCCGUUGGUACGCGAGAUUGUCAAAGAAUGUAACAACAUUCCACUCACACCACCACAACAAGGGGAGGCAAUGCUAGCCUCUUUUAAACCCAGAGGGUACUCGGAGUGCAUUGUGACUGUCGGUGGUGAAGAAAGAGUUUCCCGGAAGCCAUCAGCAACUAUGCGAUGUAUGUGCCCUCUCUAUGAUCCGAACAGACAACUCUGGAUAGAACUGGCCUCUAUGAGUUCACCCAGGAUAAAUCACGGCGUACUUUCAGCCGAAGGGUUCCUGUUUGUACUUGGAGGUCAAGAUGAUAACAAGGUUACUUUAAGUUCUGGGGAGAAGUAUGAUCCAGAUACGAAUUCAUGGAGCCCUCUGACGCCAAUGAAUGAGGCACGGCACAACUUUGGUUUAGUGGAGAUUGACGGUGUGCUAUAUGUCCUGGGUGGUGAGGACGGGGAGCGGGAGCUCACCUCCAUGGAGUCCUAUGACAUUUAUAAUAGGACUUGGACGAAGCAACCAGACCUGACCAUGAUCAGGAAGAUUGGUUGCUAUGCAGCUAUGAAAAAGAAGAUCUACGCAAUGGGCGGGGGCUCGUACGGCAAACUUUUCGAAUCCGUCGAAUGCUAUGACCCAAGGACCCAGCAAUGGACUGCUAUCUGUCCCUUGAAAGAGAGAAGGUUUGGAGCAGUGUCAUGUGGUGUGGCUUCAGAGCUCUAUGUCUUCGGUGGAGUGAGAAGUCGUGAUGAUAAUCAGUCCAGCGAAAUGGUGACGUGCAAAUCAGAAUUCUAUCACGAUGAAUUUAAAAGGUGGAUCUACUUGAACGAUCAGAACUUGUGCAUCCCAGCCAGUUCUUCAUUUGUCUAUGGAGCUGUGCCCAUUGGAGCUAGCAUUUAUGUGAUUGGAGACCUUGACACAGGUACCAACUAUGAUUACGUGCGAGAGUUUAAAAGAAGCACUGGGACUUGGCACCACACGAAGCCACUGUUCCCUUCGGAUCUUCGCCGCACUGGAUGCGCGCCGUUGCGUAUCGCAAACUGCAAGCUCUUCCGACUACAACUCCAGCAGGGGCUGUUCCGCAUUCGUGUUCCUUCUCCUUGA